AAAUAUAAAUACUCAACGAGUAAUACUGAUCAUGUCAGUUUCAUUUAAUUGUUCUUCGAGUUCGAUUGUAAUCUCAGAUUUAUACUCUUUGAAAAUUAAUAAUAAUCAUGAUUGUGUCAAAGAUUGGAGUUCUUUUCUGUGUACUUGCUGUUUAUCAAGUUAACUCAGCACCUGCUGUAGGACAACCUGAGUUUGAUGGAUCAUUCCAACGACAAUAUUUACCUUACAUCCAAGCAACUACCGCUGACGGUACAAAAACAAUAUUAACACCGCAAAAUCUACUUGAUUUGAGUACAAGAUUGCAAUCCGAAGGCUCACCAUCUACGACAACAUACGAAAUCAUUGGCAUCAAUGGAUUUUCUCGUAUUCUAUCUGACCAUCACUUGGAUCGUUUAGCAAAUCGUGAAGUAAUGGCGAUUGUAGACACUAAGAUGCUGAAUCAACCUGGCUUUGGACAUUUGUUCAUAACUGUUGACAGUGAGGGAACUUUAAAAACUUUUAUUUACAAUAUGAAUCUGAGUGAAGCCUUUGAAAAAGAGUCAGCAGAUGGAGGCUAUCCGCAUUCAUCAUCCGAGGGUUCUUAUCACCGUAGUCCAUCUCCAUCUUCCCAUACGUCUGUUGUUUCAAUUUAAAAGAAAUUACAAAUCGAUAAACUAGUGCUAAACUAGACACUUUUUCAAAUUAUGUAUAUUUAUAAAAAAUGUUUAAUUCAUUAGAUAUUAUGGUGGUGAAUAAAAAAAAUUUUUAAUUUUA